AUGGAUUUCAUCAAGACCAGUUCCCCGCGUGCUCUGAGUGAGUUAACUCUCCAACGCAAUUGGAUUGGCAUCAUUUGGAUGAGUAUAAGUGAAGUUAUGAUCAAAUUAGUGAAGACUGGCCAAUGUAUCCACUUCAUCCGCCUCGACCGCGCCGACGCGAACGAAGGCAAGCUCGCGGCCGCGCGGCACAACCAUGUACCACGGCCGACCCAUCCGUCCGACCAGGAAGGCUUCGUCCCGCGACCGGCCAAGAUUCAUCGGCCAAAUCAUCCAUCCGUCCGACCCCGUCGGCCGAACACGAAAACUCUCGGCCACGAUCGUUCCGACCGUGCCGAUAGCCGACUACGACCCGAUGACCGGCCGACCGUCCCGACCGACCGUCCGAACGGUCCGAUCGACCCGAAGCCCGUUUUGAAGCCCGUUUCACACGUUUUCACAGCCCGGCUUGACCUAAUGCCGCCUCUGAAGACCUAG